GCAGUAGGAGGGGCCGUGCUGCUUCGUGUACUCACCGGUGCUAAACACAGAAGCAGCAGGUUUGAGUACUAUUUUCAGGCUUUGUGUCGACAAACGCUGCCCGCUGGUUUCUCCGGUACUUUCUCCAAACCCGCGACUCGGCACUGACGGCUGUAGGAGAUGUCUAACGUCGACUGGAAGCCCUUUGUUUUCGGCGGGCUCGCUUCUAUGACGGCCGAAUGCGGUACUUUCCCUAUCGAACUGGCCAAGACGCGUCUGCAAGUCCAAGGCCAAGUAGGCGACAUCAAAUACAGAGAGAUCCGUUACAGAGGCAUGCUGCACGCUAUCGUCCGGAUAGGAAGAGAGGAGGGGCUGCGAGCGCUGUACUCAGGGAUCUCUCCUGCCAUACUACGCCAGGCCUCCUAUGGGACUAUCAAAAUUGGCACAUACCAGAGUCUUAAGAGGUUGCUAGUUGACAGGCCAGAGGAUGAGACAUUGCUGACGAAUGUGCUGUGCGGCGUUCUCUCUGGUGUCGUCUCCUCUUCCAUCGCCAACCCUACGGAUGUGCUGAAGAUUCGCAUGCAGGCUCAGGGAAGUGUCAUCCAAGGCAGUAUGAUGGGCAACUUUAUCAACAUCUACCAACAGGAGGGGACACGGGGACUGUGGAAGGGUGUCUCUCUAACAGCCCAGCGAGCAGCCAUCGUAGUGGGAGUGGAGCUACCGGUUUAUGACAUCACUAAAAAGCAUCUGAUCCUGUCAGGUUACAUGGGGGACACUGUGUACACACACUUCGUGUCCAGUUUCUCGUGCGGUCUGGCCGGAGCUCUGGCCUCAAACCCAGUUGACGUAGUGCGGACACGUAUGAUGAACCAGAGAGGAGGAGCUCUGUACCAGGGAACAGUAGACUGUUUACUGCAGACAUGGCGCUCUGAAGGCUUCAUGGCCCUCUACAAGGGCUUCCUACCCAACUGGCUCCGUCUGGGACCGUGGAACAUCAUUUUCUUCCUCACUUACGAACAACUGAAGAAGAUCAGCGUGUGACCGGUGGAACGACAGAGUCGAGCACAGAUGAGCACAUGCUCCGACACAAGCUCAUGAGCUCAGAGGACCAAAAUCAGUAAUGGCUGGAUGUGGAUGUGGAUGGUUUCUUUCAGGAACCGCUGACGGGAGGUUCAUGUUGACCCAUGACUCCUGUGUGGGCCAAGCCAGUGGCAAAUGUGGACGGGUCUGUGACACAAAUGUUCAUUUGCUGUUUUAGCUCAUCCAAAAACUACAUUAGGCUUCACCACUCAUUUAAAUUUGAUGUCGGCCGCUCAUGUCUAUGUCAGCUAAUUGACUGAGAUGUGUGAGUGUGCAACGUGAGUCACGGACAGUUGUGGAUUUCAGUCACAGCUGUUUUGAAAGUGGCUCUGCUGUCACAUUCAGUAUUUAACACUGAAAGUGAGCUUUACAUUGAGUGCCUUGGUUUGUGGUACAGGCUGUCGUAAAGGACUGAGAAUGUCAGACAGCCACUCUAAAUGACAGAGGUCAUUCCCUUUUUGAAAAGUUAAUGUGUCCAACCCGGGCUUUAGGAUCGUGUGUGGCCAUUGUACGUCUCUGCAAACCAUGUAUGAAUUGAAAAUGCAAUAUGCAUAUACAGAUGUGCAUAUCAAAUCUGAUCAUUCUGCCUCGAAUUAUACUGGAAAUAACCAUUUUCUGAUUAGGUUUUGUAUACAUUAUGUUGGGAUUAGGCACCAACAGCACCUGGUUUGGCUCUGAAAAGAUUUACUUUACACAAUGAAUGUAAUGAUUUUGUAAUAGGGAAGUUAUAUUAUGGUUAUAGCAUCUUAUUUUCUUUAGUAAUUAACAAGUAAUCGCUUGGUAAUGUUGUAAAAUGCCAGUGGCAUAUGAGGGAGAAUCCUGUGAAGGUAUUACGCAUGGUGCACGUCACUAAGCUAUUACCUGGAUGUUACUUUGUAAUUUUAUCUCGUCAGUAGAAGCAUAUACAUAUAAAAAACAACUACUUUAUGUUACAAAUGUACACAUUUCUCGUGGUUUGCAGAAAAGUAAAAUGGCAAUAUUUGUGGGAGACGAGGGUGAAAAUGUCUGCGUGCAUGAGUCAACAAACCUGGAUGGGGAUCUUUUUUUUUUAUAUACACAUAUAUUUCUAAAUUGAGAUAAGGGCGGGCGUGUGUGUGUAAAAGGUGAAAUGACUUAUUAUACUAUAACUCAUUAUGGAGUAUUUACAGAGUAAAAAAAAAGCCAAGGAUACAUUAGUGUGUACUGAAAUAAAUCACUGUUACAUAAGCAGUCUGAACGCCACUGUGGCUGCUCAGACCGGACGCACUCUUCACAGGCCACAAUGUGCCCGAGUGUCCGUCAUGCCAGUGGAGUCAACACGGUAAAUAUAACCUCUGGCAACUGAAGGACGACACGCGGGCGUCUUCUGGGUCUCUUGUGUUAUCAUAUUCUUUGCUGUAAAAAAAACUGUAAUGUUCACACAGACGCAUGACAUAAGUCUGCUUCUUGAAUCAAGCUUUGUUUAUUGGCACUAAAAUCACUGCACAUGAUCAACAGUUAACUCCGGGCAGAUUUUCCAUUCACAGUACUUUCUCGCUGGUUGCGUAUAUUUGAGCUUUUGUUGUUGAAGAAUGUAAAUGUUGGCUGGCUGUUACAGAAUGUGUGAGCUGCCAGUAUACCUUUAUCAUACAUUUGUGGUUAAUGUAAACGCUGCUGUAUUAUUUGAAAUAAAAUGUGAAACACUCCAACCAA